GUUAGUUGUUCGUAUCUUUGCAGCAUUGUUUAUUGCCAUAUUCGGAUCUCUAAGGUUUAACUUCGGUACUUGCGUAGUUUUUUUGAGACUGAGGAUAAACUAUGAUUGUGCAGCUUUAUUCCUAAAGAUAUCGCUUCCAAUGCCAGUUAGUAAAUACAAAAUCCCAGAAAUAUUUAUAGAAUCCUUUAAUAGUAUGAAUGGAAGCGCACCAAAUUGUUGCUAUCCACACCAGGUCGAUGGAUUCUACCUUUUUGGGUACCUAGGUUUGAAUCAUAAUCUAUCAGUCUAAUUUUUCUCUACAAAUUCCUCAAAUAGUCCGAUUCCUUCACAGUUUCAGUCAAAAUAUUCAUCCUUUUUCUAUGAAUUUACGCUUAGUGGCUUAUCCUGCAAGAAAAGGAUAUAGCUCAGGCUAUUUUAGGAACAGAUGUUUAUUCUUUGAUCUAUUCUCUGAAGUUGUUAUUUUUUGAGAAGUCAGAGGUAAUUAUUUCGAGGCACUACAAAUUUCAUCCGAUUUACUACUGCUAACUGCCUCUCUAUCUCUUCAGCAACAUUUACACAGAUUUAUAUUCGUCUUUGAAAGUCUGUGAAACCAAAAACUAGUUCAAACUAACUGGAAAUUUUACUGUUACUAGGCGUCAUGAUACGGUUUGAUGGUGUUAAUUCUUAUUCGGUCGGAAGAAUUCAUUCAGAUAUGUAGACAUAACUAACUUCUUGUUUGGAGAAGCCGAGUUUUCUAACAGUUUAAACUGAAAGAAUGCAAUUCAAUUGUACUCGAUCCACAUUUCUACCAUAUCCAGCUUAAAAGAACCAUCCAAAUAGUCAAGUUCGCACCCCACUAUGUUCGUACUAACAAUAAGCAGCAAUAACGCACUUACCGCUUGUGUUUAAAUGUAUGCAAGGUUAAGAUGUCCCCAUCAUGCUAUUUAAUGAUGCAUCUCCGUACCGUAUAUGCUACCUUCACGCGGUGGUAUGGUUUGCUUUUUGUUGACAGUUUUGUAUGAACUAACUUCUGCACUCUAAACAUGUUUGUCUUCUAGCUGCCUGGGGAAUAUAGAUUUUCAUCUAUGUUAGGUCAGACUUUACUGUUUUUGGUUAUUUAUUACGGAUAUACAUUUUCAUGGUUACUUCCACACUUAGCCGAAAAGCUGCUGAUAUAGCCUGAACCGUGUUGGUAGAUUCAGACUACUAUGAGUGGUCAAAAACGGAUGACAGCUGAGACUCAAUCUCAGUAGCUUAGAUGCAUAUAGUCUGUCUAUGUUACUGACAACUGACUGACUAAUCAUUUUAGAUUUAUGCUCGGGUUAUUGUACUGAUCAUGUGUUCAAAUGAUGGGUCGUAUAAGCACAUCCCUAAAACAAAACCUUCAAUCGCUAUACCUUACAUUCAUCCAAAUCGUGAGCACUUAGAUCAGAGGGCAAUCUAUGGCUUCAUUAUACAUCUUGUAUGCUUCCCUGUAUUUGUGCUGUAUGUUAUCUGGGCAUAUAUUCCACAUGAAUGGUUAAAUCUGAUUGGGAUAACAUACUUACCCAGCAGACACUGGUCAGUUACUGCGCCAAUCUCAUUACUGAUUAUCUGUAUAUCUGGUCUUUUUGCUUACACUUGGAAUAAUCGAUCACUCAUGCAACCGCUAACAUCGAUUUAUCAAAUUCGAGAUUCAUGUUCAACAUAUGCACGAAAUGCAACUGAUAGUAAUUAUAUCAUAGAUCAACAAUUGACUAAGUCAAAUUCAUCAAAAUCAGUCAACCUAUUGAAACAAGUCCCAAUAAUUCCGCCUGUCUAUGAUUUAGAUCAUAUUUGGGUAACUAAUGAAUUGUAUAUGAAAACAAACAAUCACAUUCCCAUCUCUACUCAUCAUGAUUAUAACAAUGUAAAAAAUUAACAAAACCAAAACCAAAAUAGAAAAGAUGAAAAAAAAAAAUUAUACAUUUAUGUAAAUUGUCAAUGAAUCUAAAUAUUUUUGAUAUAAUAUUUUAAAUUUUCAUUAUUAAAUUAUAUGGUUUGUAUAAAAUUUGCCAACAAUAAUAUAA